CUGUUCUGUCCUUGAGAAUUAGCAGGCCACAGAGAUGCACAGAGUGCCCAGUGUGGAUAUGCUUCCGCCACAGCUUGGAGAUUUUUAGGUAUCAACCAACCUCAAGACAAAAAUGUGUAAGAAACAUGCUUUUCACAUUUUUGAUGCUUGCACUUGUUAAUACUGGUACUGCUCAGCUUUUUAAAUCUCUGCAGUGCUGAACCUCAGUGACAAAGAAUCAUACACAUGGCGAAGAGUUUAGGAAUUUGAUACAAUGCCAGAAAACUCAAAACAUAGUAGCAGAUUUGAAAGUCUUGCCACCUGGAAUACUCAAGUUAAAAACCAAUGUACCCUCAGCCUUCACACAGUAGCAGUUGUCACCAACCAUAUUGGUUUAGAAACGUCUUCGUUUCCGACUUCUAUAUUUAACACUGCUUUGAGGGUAAAUCUUUAGUUUCCACCUGUUUACACUCUAAUCAUAAGAGGAAAUUACUCCUUUCUCUCCACAAACCAGGACAAAUAAGGUAGUUUCACUGCUUCUUUUUGUCUCUUAAAACAGAAGUGUCCACAGCAGGAGUUUAGUUAUUAGGUUGAUUUUCACCAAAAUUUUUGUUUGAUUAUUGCUGUUCUUAGAAGUAGCUGCUGGAGAACAGCACAAGGUUUGCAGGAAGAAAUGGAUGACGAGCCUCAUGUACCUGAUUUGGAUGAGUACUAUUCAUAUGAAUAUUCUGUUAAUGAAAGCAAUGCCUGCGAAAUGGGCAACUAUUUUGUAUUUUACACUCAUCUCACUACUGUCGUCUACACUCUGGCAUUUUUGCUCAGCCUGCUAGGAAACAAUCUAGUGUUAUGCAUCCUAUUCAAAUAUGAAAACCUGACAUCUUUAACGAACGUCUUCAUCCUGAAUCUCUGUGUCUCUGAUUUAGUCUUCUCCUGCAUGCUGCCUUUCUGGGCAGUGGACCAGUCCUUUGGGUGGAUUUUUGGUGAGUUCCUUUGCAAAGCAACAAAUACUGUCUUCUCCAUCGGCUACUACAGCGGCGUUUUCUUUCUGACUCUCAUGACUAUCCUAAGGUACUUGGCUGUAGUGAACCCUCUCUCAACUUUGAGAUCCCAGACACAGUGUUGUGGUUUUCUGGUGAGCUUAGUUGUAUGGACUGUUAGCAUAUUAGUUGUGGUUCCUGAGAUGAUUCACACCACAGUUCAAGAAACCUUGGAAGGUGGCAAGACCUGCGAUUAUGCUGACUGGAAAUGGAAAAAGGUGGACAUUUAUCAGAGAAAUGUACUCUUCUUGUUUUCCUUUGGGGUUAUUUUAUUCUGUUACUUCAAGAUACUGAUAAUCCUGCUCAGAGCAAGAUCUCGCAGAAAGCACAGAACUGUGAAACUCAUCCUUAUUAUUGUGGUGGCUUUUUUUCUGAGCUGGGCACCUUACAACAUCCUCAGCUUGCUGAUUACUUUUCCAUCACCUACCUGUCAAUAUCAAAAAGACUCCAACCUUGCCUUUCACAUUAGCCGUAAAAUUGCCUUCUCCCACUGCUGCCUCAAUCCUGUGCUCUAUGUAUUUGUCGGAGUCAAGUUCAAGAGGCAUUUGUCACGUUUAUGCAAUCAGUAUUUACCCUGUGGGAACAGUAAAGUCACCAGGCCCAGGAUCUGCUCUCAAGACAAAUUCCACUAUGAAGAUGCAUCCGUCUACUGAAGCGAGACCUGACUACUAGCACUAAUCUGUGAUGAACUUUCAGAUUUUAAAAGCCAUGGGUAAUCUCCAAUUCUCAGAGGCACUUGCCUGAGAAAGACAGGCAAAUUUAGUCUUUGCAAACAUGCUGUGUAUGGAAAGUAAUUUAAAAAAAAGUACGUGCAGUGGGAUGGAGAACUGAGAAUGCUGAGAAAUUACUUCUUUGGUCUGUAAGUCUUAUCUUUAUGAUCUUUUGCACGGGGAGAUAGAUUUUCUCUCAUUUAUAAUUUCAUUUUUUUAAAAACAACACAAGAGGUUUUCUUUUUCCAUUGGGAGCUAAGCCAUCAGGUUUUAACAUACAUGGUGUGGCUUGUUGUUUUCUUGCCUGACUUAAAAUACUUGGAUUGUAUAUAGCAAUGGUCACGUAUGUAUUUCUGUAGCUUUUAAUGCUUUACAGUGUUUACCAGUACUGAACUCAUUGUAUUGUCUCUUUUUGUGGCUCUCGGGAUUUAUUGGAUUGACAAUAGCUAGAAGACCUCAGAGUGUCUGAAUUUCUCAGUGCAAGUGUUCUUUUACCUGUUGGUAGGUAAAUAUAUAUAAAACUAGCUUAGUGUAAAGGCAGUCUUUUGGGUGCAAAAUGGAAAGUUUGGGAGAGCCCUAGAAGGAACAGAAGCUGUUAAGAAGAUACUUAUCUAGGAUAUUAGUUUUCCUCCUGUUACUCCUCCUGUCACAGGCACCUUCCAAGCCCUGGGUAUCCCUUCAGGUGUUGCAAUGGAUGGAGAGUCCCAUCUUCCGAGCAGUGCAGGAGCAUAGUUGCCUCUAAAUGCUCUCUGCCUCUUUUUCUGCCUUUGCCAUGGUGCUGUGAGGAAGUAAACUUUUUAAAAAGGUUACUGUGCAAGAACAAAUGGCUUUAUUAAUAGUGAGAUUGAAAUAGCUUGUUUUAUUUGUAAAAUUAAUGUUUGGCCUUUUUUUCUUUUUUUCUCCUUAGGCAGGUUUUAGUCUAUAUACUUGGAUACUUGCUGCUUCAUAACUUUUUAAAAACUGCUUCACAGAGGUGUUUAAAGCUUUGCUUAAAACCUGAUCAUCAAAGCCAGCCGUGUGUUUGUUUUUGGUGUGCUUCACUUCUGUGUAAAUACCAGAUAUGCUCAUAUCUCUGAGGUGUGUGAGCAUCUGGUCUAACCAGCUGCCUGGCCACAUGCAAGUCUUUUGUUUCUGCAUGCAUCUCAUCUGCAUGGGCAGGUGGGAAGGAAAGUGCAAAUAUUUGCAUGAACCUAGCUUUGGAAAUGUUGCUAAGGGGGCUAGCUGUGUUAAGUGCAGGAAUGUUUUUACAUGUCCACUAAAACAUGGUUUCUCAAUUAAAAGGGAGAUGAGGGAAUUCAAUUCAACAGCACACAUUUUUGAAACAAAACCAUUCACAUUCUGAUUACACCAAACAAACUUUGUGGCUUUUUUUUUUCUCACAGAAACAGAUGUUCUUCAUGAUAGCUCAGUGUUGGUUUUUCCUUUUUUAACCUCAGGCAGUGUAAUAUGUAGUGCAUGCUCUUGUGUAGCUGAAUGACAAAGCCUCUGGAAACCAGAAUAUCUUAUUUGCUAGCAUUUGUAUAGAAAGCCAAGGUAGCUUUGCAGUGGCAUCAAGCUGUGGUUUGGCAAUUGUUCUAAUCAACAGUUUGUCUUUUGGGGCAGCCAUCUUAAAAAUGUCUCUCUGUUGUUUCUGUACUAUUUCAUUUGAUCUCCAAAGAUCAUGUGGAGCAGACAACACAUUCUUCUCAGCUGCCGGAUAGUUUAUAAAAAGCAGAAACUCAGACAUGGCCAUAGUUCAAUAUCCUACUAUCCUAUUCAGAAGCAAGAAUACCUAUGGAAAAGCAUAAGAAUGGGUCAAACAUAUAUGACACAUAUCCAAAUAGUCCUUCUAGGGCUAUAGUUUGUGGUUUGCCCAUAGUUUGUGGUUUGUGCUUCAGUUUAGCUGCCAGAACAAAGUGAUCAUAUCUUCCCCCUUAUCACCAGAUGCACCUUUCUGAACAAGUCAGUGCUGGUAUCCCUUUACUGUAGUUAUUGGCUAAAACUUAAAAAAUAUUAAAAGGUUACUUAUUAAUCCCACAGGGAACUCACUUGCAUUCAGACAAACCAUAGAAAGGUGGAAGUUGUCAUUUGUCUGGUUGUGGUGGAACUCAGAUUUUGCCUUUUGUGUCCUCAUAAGAGUAAUUUGAAAUGAAUGUGGUUGCUUCUGUACACUUCAAGACAGUUUGGACUGGGGACUCAAUACCUUCAAUUAUGAAGAGACAACCUACUGAAGGACAAAUGAAUCCAAAUUCUUCUUCUGUUCUGGUAAGUCAGGACCACUUCACAGGCACCAGCAAAGCUCUACAAGAGAAAAAGGCUGUGAUGAUGAGUAAAAGAAGCUUCCAUGCAUCUGCAUAAUUUCAACAGUCAUUCGACUCAUUGUCCUACAGCUACGCUACCCUGAAAUCUUUACUGUCAAUACAUUUUACGUUUAUUUUCAAAAAGUCAAGAAGUGUAACAGAAGCACAAGACACUGAAACGAUCCUACUCUGCCAAGUUUUUAGCAAGGUAUUUAAACAUGUUUGUAGCUUGAGCAUGUUUUGUUACGGUAUAUCUGAGCAUGUAAAGGGAAAGUUUAAUAUUACCCAUUCUACUGCUGCCUACCAUAACCAAAGUAACUCAGCAUGUGGAAACUUCCGCUCCUGAUAUAAUGAAGUGGUACUAAUAAACAUUCAGAAAUUCAGUGUAAUACUAUACCGUGACUAUUGUUCUCUGCCUUUGAUAACCACCUAUUAAAGUUAAGGUAUUUUCAACUGAAGAAGUAUUUGUGAAUUUUCAUAGAUUAAUUUAGCUUGUAUUGUCUUGGAAGAGACUUCUGGAGGUUGGCCACUCCUCCACCCUGCUCACAGCAGUUCUAUCUUCCCAGUUAGACAAGGUUGCUCAGGGCCUUGUUUAGUUAAACUCUGAAAAUCUUCAAGAACAGAGAAUGCGUAAUGCCUCUGGGUUCCUGUUCCAAUACUUCACGACUCUCAUGGUGGAUAUUUCUCCUUCUACAUGAACAAAAUUUCUUUUACUGCAACC